AUGGGUUUUGACUCCCCUGAAGCUUUCAUGGAAAAUAUGCAAGACAUGAACAUAGCAAGAUUCACUGAAGAGCUGAAUGCUAACUACGAGCCAAAACCAGGAUCAGUUCAGAUCACCAGAAAGAUUCUUGGAUCGUUCGGAGAUGACUCAACCGUUGUCGAUACCACUGGUCUUCCAAAUCGUAACGGCGCCGCCCCACCAAACCCUAAAACUAAACUCCAACCGGAUAGUGACCCCGUGAUUCCCAAAGAUGAUAUCCCAAAACCUAAUUCUGAGAAAAAUGAUCAAGCUUCCAAAACUAUACCCGGCACAGCUCAGCCAACAUCCAUAUCCAAACCACCGACCACCAAGUCUAAAAAAGCUACCCAAAAGAUCAAUCCUGACAACCAAACACCUGAUCCAGAAAGCCCAUCUGCUUCUACCACCCCUGCUAUUGUCACCCCAAAAGAAACCACCCUCCCUAAAACUGUUAACCCACCUCCACCUGUUUUGGUUCAAAAUCAAUCCUCUUACUAUUCUUCCCCACCUACACCAAACCCUCAGGAUCAUAAAGGGAAGUUGCGUCCAUGGAAGAGAUUGGCUAGAUAG